AUGGUGAGAACCCCUCAUCGGUGUGAGAAAAGUGGAGUGAGGAAAGGAACAUGGACACCUGAGGAAGAUUCCAAGUUGAUUGCUCAUCUCACUACGUUUGGUCACCCCACCAAUUGGCGCCAACUACCCGGAGCUGCAGGUCUUGCAAGGUGUGGAAAGAGCUGCAGAUUAAGGUGGAUGAAUUACUUAAGGCCAGAUGUCAAAAGAGGGAAUUAUACACAAGAAGAAGAUGACACUAUAGUCAAACUACACAAUCAGUUUGGUAAUAGAUGGUCCAUGAUUGCGUCUCACUUACAUGGAAGAUCAGACAACGAGAUAAAGAAUCGAUGGCACUCCCAACUUAAAAAGCGAUUCCAACACACUUCGGCCUCUAAUUCAAAUAAUCAUAAUGCCUUAGUUGAAUCAACGGAAGAAGAGAUAGUGAAUAAUAAU